AUGGCUCAUAUCUACGACGUGGCAAAGUCGAUCGAUUAUCCAUAUGUCAAGGGUCGUAAGACGGGCAAACAGGUCAAAUACCCGAAUACACCUGUCUUCCAAACAUUUAAUGCACCGUGUCGAUUGGAGGGCGAUAUCGUGGAUCUUGAAGUCGACGGAGAGAUUCCACCGGAGAUUGAUGGGACUUUCUACAGAAUACAGCCAGAUCAGAGAUAUCCGCCAAUUUUUGAGGAAGAUAUCCAUUUCAGUGGAGAUGGAAGCAUCACGGCUAUCCGAAUUCAGGAAGGCCAUGCAGACUUCAAACAACGUUAUGCCAAAACAGAUCGCUUUCAUGCAGAGACGGCAGCUCGAAAGAGUCUGUUUGGCAAAUACCGCAAUCCUUAUACCGAUUCAGAAUCCGUGAAGGGAGUUAUUCGAACUGUGGCAAACACCAACAUUACCUUCUGGCGAGGGAUGUUGCUAGCCUCUAAGGAAGAUGGGCCUCCAUAUGCUAUGGACCCAGUUACGCUGGAGACCAUUGGCCGUUAUGACUUCGAAGGGCAAGUCAGAUCUCCUACUUUCACAGCACAUCCCAAAUUCGAUCCGGAAACACGCGAGAUGAUUUGCUUUGCAUACGAGGCCGGAGGUGAUGGCAAUGACGGAUCUUGCGAUAUUGUUGUUUACACAAUCGACACCAACGGGAGGAAGACCCAGGAGACAUGGUAUAAGUCUCCAUUUUGCGGGAUGAUACACGAUUGUGGCAUCUCAAAGAACUACGUUGUUCUUCCACUAACACCCUUAAAAUGCUCGGUCGAUCGUCUGAAGAUGGGUGGUAAUCACUGGGCAUGGGACCCAAACGAGAGUCAAUGGUAUGGAAUUGUCCCAAGGAGGGGUGGCAAACCCGAAGAUAUUGUCUGGCUACAGGCAGAGAAUGCCUUUCAUGGACAUGUCGCUGGCUGUUACGAAAACGAUGACGGUCAAAUCGUCUUUGACCUCACAGUAGCCGAUGGAAACGUGUUCUUCUUCUUCCCACCGGAUGGAGAAGAGGCCAGUAACCUAGGAGCCAGAAAUCGACUGCAGAGCAUUACCCAUCGCUGGAUAUUGGAUCCGAACGCUGAGACAGGAUCCCACGUCAGGCCAGCAGUCCGGUGGGAUACCUCAGGAGAGUUUUCCAGAAUCGAUCAUCGAUUCGUCACCAAGAAAUAUAAUCAUUUUUGGCAGGCUCGCAUUGACCCGACCAAAGAAUAUGAUGCGGCAAAGUGCGGCUCACCGGCUGGAGGACUCUUCAAUUGCCUGGGCCAUUACACCUGGAACGGUCAGACCGAGGAUGUGCUCUGGGCGGGUCCAUGCGCCACAUUUCAAGAGCCGACUUUCAUUCCUAAGCAGGGCGGGGAAGAAGGAGAAGGAUGGCUGAUUGCCUUUGUCAAUCGUCUCGAUGUUCUUCGAAACGAUAUUGUGAUAGUCGACGCGCUCCAUGUAGCUGCAGGCCCGGUUGCGACCGUUCAUCUACCACUGAAGCUCCGCUUGGGAUUGCAUGGAAAUUUUGUGGACCAUCGCGAGAUCGAGACUUGGCAGAAGCGACGAGCACCAGGAGGCGAAAUUGGUCCUGUUCAAGUGGCCCAGAAACCACUGGACUGGCAACUCAAUUACAGCUAG